CUUGGUGGGAACUUGGCCUCAAUCCACAAUCGCUGGGAAAACGAGUUCAUCAGGAACCUGAUAUACAAAAAACAUCACUCAUAUGCACGUGCCUGGAUCGGGAUCUAUGAUGCAAUUCAGGAGGGGAAGUGGUUGUGGACUGAUGGUUCCACGGUUGGCUUCACAUGUUGGAACCGUGGAGAGCCGAACAAUCAAGGCGGAGAACACUGCACAGAGACCAACUGGAAUGGAGCCACCUGGAAUGAUGCCCCCUGUCACCUUCGGAAACCCUUUGUUUGUGCCAGGAAACAGUUGUGCCACCCAGUAUGA